UGUGUAGAUUUGAAAACCACAUUGUUUUAAGAAGUCAGUCCUGUUCUGCUUGGUCUUAUAUCUCCUGUUCCCUUUUUCCUCGAUAAAGAGUUUCAAGCUUGGUUUGUAAACCUCGACAGCUGGCAGCAAUGACGUCGGAAGAAAAUCAAAGUGGAUGCAUUAAAGUGAGAAUCGGACAUUCACUGAACGAGGCUGAGAAGCACCAUGUGACCAGCAGGAGAGAAUCAGCUCUGGAGUGUCUUAAAAGACAUGAGAUACACUGUAGCCUGGAAGAGAUGCCCAACAUCGCGCUGGUGGCUUCAGGAGGAAGUGAAAGAGCGAUGGUGGGUUUGCUGGGAUCACUGCUUGCACUAUUUCAAGAUGAUCUGUUGGACUGCGUGCUGUAUCUUGCUGGACUCUCUGGAUCGACCUGGUGCAUGGUGUCUUUAUACAAAGAGCCUAAUUGGUCCAGCAAGCUGGAAAAAGUGAAAGAAGACAUUAAAAAUAAACUUGGUGGAAGAAUCCGUUUGAAGGAAAAAUUGAAAAAACUCAAAAAAUACUACAGAGAAAAAGACAACUUCAGUCUGACAGACUUCUGGGCAGCGCUAGUUAUAACCGUGAUUGUGAAAGAGAUAGAUGAGCAAACUUUCUCUGAUCUGAGAAGCAAACAGAGCACAAAAGAUCCUUAUCCCAUCUUCACUGUGAUUGAUAAGCAGAGCCAUAAGGAUAAACUAGAUGCUGAUACGUUUGUUGAGAUCACGCCACAUGAGACUGGCUACUCCAUCACCGGGGCCUUCAGUUUCGGAAGUCAGUUUGACGAAGGGGUUCAAAUAAAAGACCAGCCCGAGAUGGACAUGAUGUUCCUGCAAGGUCUCUGUGGUAGUGGUCUUGCUAGCAUUGAGAAAAUACUAGAGGAACUGAUCACUUUAAUCAAAGAAUUAAUUUCAGGUGAGUUAGACACGAUGGGUGACUAUGCGUCUUCAGGCAUAAAACAAACAGACAUUGGCUCCCUCAGCGCUCCACAUGGUGACGAGGCUGGCCAAGUGCUUUUGAAUCUUGUGGAAGUGAAUCGUCUGGUUUUAAGAGAGGAGGAUCCUUCAACCAAUAUUACAAUCUUGAGCGGCUUAAUGAGAGUAAAUCUGCCGCAAGAUGAACUUGAGAACUUGUUCACCAUGUCAAAAGAAAUCAACAAGAAGAACGUUAAGGAAUACACACUAUAUAUAUGUGACCUGCACACAUCCUGGAAUCUGACAUGCAAUAGGAUAUGGGAAAUCAUUGCUAAAUGCAUCGAGUUAGUAGUUUGCUGGAUCUGGGGCACAACAUACAAUUUUCUGCACAACAUGACAGCGGCAGGGGUUUCUCCUUCUGUCUGUCGAGAUACAAUAAGGAAAUUUGUUGAUGCUGGGAUUGCCAUCAACUCACCUUUUUUACCAUUGCUGAGGAGAGAGAGACACAUUGACCUCAUCGUUUCACUCGAUUUCAGUGAAAAUGACCCAUUUGAGUCACUAACAGAAACUGCUAAAGCGUGCAAAAGACUACACAUUGACUUCCCUGAAGUUCCUAAAAUGUCAAAAGAAGAGAAAUCUGCUCCAAAGGACUUUUAUGUGUUUGAAGGCCACAAUGCACCAGCUGUGAUUCAUAUUCCUCUUUUCAAUAUUGUGAAUUGUGAUGAUAAAGCUGGAAUUAAACGUAUGAAGCAUAAGUAUACGACCUUUCAAGGUCCGUACUCCGGUGAGCUGAUCGAGGAACUGCUGGAGAAAGCUGGAUUGAACAUCAGAAACAACAAAAGGAACCUUCUGACAGAGAUUAAGAAAAUCAUCCAAAGGAAACAAUCACAUAUUUGUUCCGUUUGUUGAUUCUCAGGUGUGGUUUGUCACAUCACAGUGAAAAUGCACUGGCUUUUCUCGUUCUUGUACAUUAGAUGGCAGCAAAUAGUAGGUGGUUAAAAUGAGUGAUAGAGAUGCAAACAUCAGCAUAUAAAACAUUUAGUUAGAAAAUACGUAACAAGUUAUAUUUAAUUUGGUAAUUGGAGUGAAUAUAGGCCUAUUAAGCUAAGUUAAGCAAGUUAUUAGCCUCUAAUAUCUCUAAAACCAGUCAGAUGCGGACUUCUUUUAUUCAAGUGAUGUAAAAAAGAAUCUCUCCAACACCCUUUGGCAUGAAACAUCAUGUUGCAUUUUGGCCUAACCCAAAGCACACCGAAAAUAUUCUGUUACCAAGUUGUAACUCUUAAUUACAGCUUCUCCAUGUGUCUCUCAGUUCAUCACCUGCACUUGUGUGAAGCUAUCCUAGAUUACUGCAUCAGAAUCCAACUAAAACGAAUAUUUGCAAUAUUUUUAUAU